AAAGCCAAAAUACUUCCCACCUCCCAACAAGAACAACUGGACUAGGAACUAGAUUCUGUUACUUUUUAGCUAACUUUAGUGUUCCCUGUAUUUAUUCUCUCUCCACUCCAUUCCAUUCCAUAAUUGUCAUUCCCAUUACAGAGACAUAGAGAGAAAACAAUGGCGGCCUCUGUGAUAAUAACGGUGGCACAGGACGGCACAGGUAACUAUGUAACGGUGCAAGAGGCAAUAGAUGCUGUGCCACUAGGCAACAAUCGUAGGACAGUGAUUCGUGUGGCCCCAGGGAUUUACAAGCAACCUGUGUACGUGCCAAAAACCAAGAACUUUAUUACUCUGGCUGGUCUUAGGCCUGAGGACACUGUUCUCACUUGGCACAACACGGCCACCCAGAUCGAUCACCACCAGGGAGCUAGGUUGAUUGGGACUGGGACUUUUGGGUGUGGAAGUGUUAUUGUGGAAGGAGAGGAAUUUAUUGCUGAGAAUAUCACUUUUGAAAACUCUGCUCCUCAGGGUUCAGGCCAAGCUGUGGCAAUUAGAGUAACAGCUGAUCGAUGUGCCUUCUAUAAUUGCAGAUUUCUUGGGUGGCAGGAUACUUUGUACCUGCAUUAUGGAAAACAGUAUUUGAGAGAUUGCUAUAUUGAAGGAAGCGUGGAUUUCAUCUUUGGCAAUAGUACUGCUCUCUUGGAGCAUUGUCAUAUCCACUGCAAGUCAGCAGGUUAUGUUACUGCCCAAAGCAGGAAAUCUUCUCAGGAGACAACUGGUUAUGUGUUCUUGAGAUGUGUGAUCACUGGCGUUGGAGGAACUUCAUAUGCAUAUCUUGGACGACCAUGGGGACCUUUUGGAAGGGUCGUCUAUGCAUACACAUAUAUGGAUGCAUGCAUAAAGCAUGUUGGCUGGGAUAACUGGGGCAAAACGGAGAACGAAAGAAGUGCUUGCUUUUAUGAAUACAGGUGCUAUGGGCCAGGUAGUUGCCCAUCAAAAAGGGUCGCAUGGGCUAGAGAAUUGAUAGACGAAGAAGCAGAACAGUUCCUCAUGCAUCGUUUCAUUGACCCAGAUUCACAAAGACCUUGGCUUGCCCAGAGAAUGGCCUUGAGGAUACCAUAUUCUGCGUAAAGUUAAUGGAAGGAGACCUGCUUAUGCUUCCCAGCAACUAAUAUAAGAUCUGCAUAAUACGUUUUAUUUUUAAGUCUUUGAUUGGUCAAGAUAUGAGAGAAUAGCAUGGUGCCUUUUGAUGUAUGAGCUUCCUCUAUAGAUUGUUUGGCUUAUAUUUUGUGAACUUGUCCGAUCAGAUUGUGUUAAGAUUCUUUCAAAUGGUGUUUCGAAAGGGACAGUAUCAUUUUGAGCAAUUCGUGACUGAUGGUUUUGUAGAAGCAA